AUGGCAACAGCAGCAGCAAAUGGAAAUGGGACCCAGAUAAAGCUUCCCUUCCUGUGGUCCAGUGUGGCCUCCCACAGCUGUUUCCAGGGAAGGAAACACAACCUACACAAGGAUGGAGACAUGAUGAUCGGUGGUUUCUUCUCCCUUUACACAUUUCAGCCUUCCCAGGAGAUCCGAGAGGCUAACAGCAAACUUCUGGAACUGCAGUUGGAGUCUAAGAACUAUCAGCAUGUUCUGGCUUUGGUCUUCGCCAUUGAAGAGAUCAACAGGAGCCCACAUCUUCUACCCAAUGUGUCUCUGGGAUAUGAUGUCUUCAGUGUCCUACACAGUAAUCGAAGAAUCUUACAUACUCCCUUCCUUUGGCUCUCAGGGAUGGUUAAGAGCAUCCCAAAUUACACUUAUGGAAGAGAAAGCAGUUCUGCAGCAGUACUGACAGGGACAACGUGGGCAACUUCUGCCCAAAUUGGGACACUUCUGGGACUCUACAAGUUUCCACAGCUAACUUUCGGCACUUUUGAUCCUAUUCUGAGUGACAAUGGCAAGUUUCCUUCCCUCUAUCAGAUGGCUCCCAAGGAGAUGACUCUGGUGCAUGGCAUGGUGUCUCUGAUGCUUCAUUUCGGUUGGACAUGGGUGGGGCUGGCCAUCUCAGAUGAUGAGAAAGGUAUGCAAUUUCUCUCAGAAUUGAGAGCCGAGAUGGACAGGAAUGGAGUUUGUAUAGCCUUUUUGAAAAUGAUCCCUGUUACUGUGUUGCUGUAUUACUCAAGAACCUCAUUGUAUCACUGGCAGAUCAUGAAAUCAUCAGCAAAUGUUGUUAUUAUUUUUGGUGACAAUGAAUCUUUUUUAGGCCUGACCUUUGGAAGGUGGAAACAAAUAAUGAUGUGGAAAGUGUGGGUCACCACCUCACAAUGGGAUAUCACCACUGGGAGGAGACAUUUCCUACUUGACUCAUUCCAUGGAGCACUCAUUUUCUCACAUCACCAUGGUGAAAUUUCUGGUUUCACAGAUUUUAUCCGAACAGCCAAUCCAUCCAGAUACCCGGAGGACCCUUUCCUUGCUGACCUGUGGUUGACAUAUUUUAAUUGCUCUAUUUCUAAACUUGACUGUAAAGCUUUGGAGAACUGUCCACCCAAUGCAUCCUUGGAAUGGUUGCCUUGGCACCAUUUUGAUGUGACCAUGACAGAAGAGAGUUACAAUAUAUACAAUGCUGUGUAUGCUGUGGCUCAUGCCAUACAUGAGAUGAUUCUUCAACAAGUAGAAAUGUCACCAGGAAGAAAUGGAAAAGGACUGGUGUUUUCUCCUUGGCAGCUGCACCCUUUUCUGAAGAACCUCCAGUUUAACAAUCCUGCUGGUGACACAGUGAAUUUCAAUCAGGAACACAAAUUGAAUGGAGAGUAUGACAUUCUCAACUAUUGGAAUUUCCCAGAUGGUGUUGGAAUUAAGGUGAAAGUAGGGACGUUUUCUCCAUAUGCUCCACAUGGUCAACACCUGUCUUUAUAUGAAGAUUUGAUAGAGUGGGCCACAAAAAUUGAACAGCCUCCCCAGUCCAUAUGCAGUGCGAGUUGUAGCCCUGGAUUCAGGAAGACCCCUCGAGAGGGAAAGGCUGCCUGUUGUUUUGAUUGCACUCUGUGCCCAGAGAAUGAGAUUUCCAAUCAGACAGGUAAGUGUUGCGUGAAGUGUCCAGAGCAGCAGUAUGCCAACAAAGAGCGAGACCGUUGCCUGCACAAAGCUGUGGCCUUCCUGGCUUAUGAUGACCCCUUAGGAAUGACCCUGGUCUGCACAGCUCUGUGCUUCUCUGUCCUCACCGCUGUGGUUCUUGGGGUCUUUGUGAAGCACCGAGACACUCCCAUAGUCAAGGCCAACAAUCGUUGUCUCAGCUACAUCCUGCUCAUUGCCCUCAUCUUUUGCUUCCUCUGUUCCUUAUUGUUCAUUGGUCGUCCCAGUACAGCCACCUGUGUCCUCCAGCAGAUCACGUUUGGAGUGGUGUUCACCGUGGCUGUUUCCACCAUCCUGGUCAAAACUAUCACUGUGGUUCUGGCCUUCAAGGUCACUGCCCCUGGGAGAAAGAUGAGACACUGGCUGAUAUCAGGAGUACCUAACUCCAUUAUUCCCAUCUGCUCCCUGAUCCAACUUGUUCUUUGUGCCAUCUGGUUGGGGACCUCUCCUCCAUUUAUUGACACAGAUGCACACUCUGAGCAUGGCCACAUCAUCCUGGUGUGCAACAAGGGCUCAGUCAUUGCCUUCUACUGUGUCCUGGGUUACCUGGGUUCCUUGGCCCUGGCGAGCUUCACUGUGGCUUUCCUAGCCAGGAAUCUACCUGACAUGUUCAAUGAAGCCAAAUUCCUGACAUUCAGCAUGCUGGUGUUCAUCAGUGUCUGGGUGACCUUCCUGCCUGUCUACCACAGCACUAAAGGGAAGAUCAUGGUGGCCAUGGAGGUCUUCUCCAUCUUGGCCUCCAGUGCAGGGCUCCUGAGCUGCAUCUUUGUCCCCAAGUGCUACAUUAUUCUCUUCAGACCUGAGAAGAACUCUUUAAAAGGAUUAAAGGAUACA